ACCGCCCAGGUCGCCAUCUUCGCCCCCGAGCUCGCCUCGGACGCCGCCGGCCAGGCCCCCCGGGAGCCACCGGGAGCCUGCGCCGCGCCCGCCCGCUGCAUGUGACGGCCGGGCGGCAGCGGCCUCCUCCUCCUCCUCCUCCUCCUCCUCCUCCUCCUCCGCUGAUCUCGGCUGCGUCCUCCGGCGCGGCGGGGAAGGGGGCGCGGGGCGCCCGGCAGCGGGACACGGCGGUGCCGGGGCGCGGCGGGCAGACAAAGGAGCGGGCGCCGCCGUGGGCAGCGGCCACGAGAACGUGAAGCUCUGUGACUUUGAAGCUGGAUAUGCAUUAAACUAAUUGGGGAUCUCUUCACUGAAUAACUUGCUGCUUAAAGAAACGACUAGAGUAACUGAAGUUGGGAAAGUCAGGUUCAGAUAACGCUAGGGACCAAAGAAGCCUAUAUAACAUUUCUGUGGUGCUGGGAUCAACCUUCUGAAAGAAGACUAAAAUAACUUUUGCCUUCAAGCUGUUUGUCCUGGGACUGACUGGUCUUUGGAGAAGAGCUCAACAGAAAGAAAGAUUUUCACAUUGGAGCCAUUAUAAACCCGUUUGAAGAACUUGCUAUCAUCUGCAGACAGACUUAGAAAGGUUGAGUCGUGCAUUUCAUCUGUCUUUCCACUUCAGACUGUAAACAAUGAGUGAGUUUUGGUUGUGUUUCAACUGCUGUAUUGCAGAACAGCCUCAGCCUAAAAGACGACGGCGGAUUGAUCGGAGCAUGAUUGGGGAGCCAACAAACUUCGUCCACACAGCUCAUGUAGGAUCAGGGGAUCUAUUCAGCGGGAUGAAUUCGGUCAGCUCGAUUCAGAACCAAAUGCAAUCCAAGGGAGGCUAUGGAGGUGGCAUGUCUGCAAAUGUUCAGAUGCAGCUUGUAGAUACGAAGGCAGGAUAACCUUGGGGAUAAUUUUCCAGUUUAUGUGAAUUCCUGUGUCUUCUUUCCUGUGUCCUCUCUUUUGCCUUGGUGACUGCUUUCUGUGCUCAUGACAAGAGAAGUGAUGGCUCAUUGUUCACCCUUUGUGAUUAGUCCAGUGAAAAGUUGCUGUUUUGCUCUGAUGAUGCCAUUUAUCAGAUUGGUCCAACUGUGCCUUUCAGUGGCAUGCACGCAUUGGCCUCUACCAGUAUCAUGGACGUAGAGCUGUUUAGGAUUGGUUUUCACUUUUUUUUUGUUUGUUUUAAGGCAAAAUUAAAGCACCAACCUUAGCUUUCCUCAUUGCUCACAAAUACUAAUGCACAACAUUGUGUUGCUUUAUAGUAUUUUAAUCUUUUUCUCCACUCAAGUAAUUUAGAAAUGAAUGAGUUUUCCAUUAAUGUCUUCAAUACCUAACGUUCAUACCCAUUUUUGAAAGGUCUGGGACCUGCAAGCACAAGUAAUUAUUUCAUACAAAAAUCAACAGAGUAGAUGACCGCAUGCUUUGUGAGGUUGCUUUGUAUGGUGGCCUGCUUGGUGCUAAAA